GAUCUUCAUUUCUUUCUUAUUUAAUAUCACAAGACUCCCAACACAUAGAAUAGAACAACUACAUAUAUAUAUAUACAUCAAACAAGCCAUCUAUCAAAAUCUCCAUAUAUAUAUAAAUCCAAAAGAUCACAGAGAUACCUUCAAUCCAAGAGAGAGCUUUUCCACAGAUGAUCAUAAGCCAUGGAUGGCAUGGACCCAACAACACGCAAAUCCUCCAAAUCAGUCUUCACUCCCCUCCUCAUCUCCAUGCUAGGCAUAGCCUGCACAUCUCUUGCCUUAAUCCUCUACCACUUCAUAGUCAGGUACAUCACAAGCCAAAGACGACAACAACAGCAACAAACCACCUCCACGCCACCACAUAUCCUCCCCGGAGGUCCACUGACCUCCGGAGUUGACCCCAACGUCCUCAACAAGAUCCCCAUCCUCUUCUAUUCCGCCCAGACUUACGACCUAUUUCGUUCUGACAAUGAUUGUCAGAACGAAUGCGCGGUCUGCCUGGGCGAGUUAGAGGAGGGCGAAAUGGUCCGUCUGAUGCCCAAUUGCAAGCAUGCGUUUCACGUGACUUGCGUUGAUCAGUGGUUUGUGGGACAUGCCAGCUGUCCCCUUUGCCGAGCCCCUAUCGUCGCGCCACGUGUUGUUGAUGGAGAAGAAGAUGAUGAUAGUAAUGAGGUCAUCAGAGCUUCGUUUGGCGAUGGAGUAAAUGGAGUUGUUGGUGGUGAUGGUGAAGGUGUUAAUGGUUCUACGAUUUCUGUAUCGCAUUCGUGCGGAUUGCUUCGCCAUUGUGCAUCAAUGGAGGUGCCUGUGGAGAGAUUUGAACCGGGUUUGAAGCGAUCAUUGUCGAUGGAUCAAUCUUUUGUUGUUGUUGAUAUACAAAGAAAGAGUGAGAGAGCUUGUUCGUCCUCAUCGUCAUCAACAUCUUCUUCUUCUGAAAUUGAUGUUACGAGGACAACAACGUACGUGGAUCGAUCGAUGAAGCAUUUGGAUCGUGUGUCGUCCAAGUUUUUUGGGUCUUUUUCGCGACGUAAUCCAAAUCUUCUUCCCUACUGACGUUUUUUUUUUUUUUUUUAAAUUAAGUUGAUGGAGAGUUGUGUGAAGAUGAAUUAUGUUUAUUUAGUGGGGAUAUCAAAUCAGUGGUAUUUUCUAAAAAUAAUUACAAAUCAGCGGUAAAUUUUAGGGCAAAUUACAUUAAUCGUCUUUACAUUUUACUCUUUGUGUCAUUUUGGUUUUUAAAUUUUCAAUUGGCUCAAAUUUGACUUUUAAUUUUAGAUUUUGUGUUAAAUUAGUCUAAUUGAUAAU